AUGACACUGAGAGGUUAUGGAAGAGAAGAAAAACGCGAGAGUCUAGUCCCGCGAGCGGAUUUCGCCAAACUGCCGCGUUCAAACUCUUCCCCUUCGCCGCCGUCUGCACGAAAUGCAUCUGGGCGUGCGGACUUGUCGAGAAGACAAUUCUUGAGUUCUAGGCCUGCAAAACGUCACUUAGGCCCGUUUGGGGCCACGGCGGCAGCUGUUCAACCAGAUCAUACUAAUGUGGAAUUGAGUUCAACCUAUCACGCAGGGUCUUCAAGUGAACAGUCAAGUAGUGAAACAACCGAGGAGGAUUCGGAUGACGAGCCUCAUGAUGUUCGAGGACGCCGUCCUUCUCAAAAGGGCUUGCAAAGGGAGGCUCGAGAUGCUAUCAGGAAAAGGCGGCAUAGGUCUGGCCCCAUCCCUCCUGAUCACUCCAACGAUGCCAAGCAAAUUGGAUCCUUGCCACGAAGAAUGUCAUUCACUCGUUCACGCUCGCCCCAUCCACGGACCUUCGACAAUGCAACUAAUGCAGCACACCUACCUUCUGGAGCUUCUUCAUUUCCUCAGCGGCACAAAUUGCUUCCGUCUCGCCAUAUAGCGUCCCCUCGUACUGAAACUCGUGAAAUUAGGCGCAGUGGCUCUCAGUUGAGCCCUGCAAUUAAACCACGCUUUAGUUUCAUUUGGAUGAGUGUCCCAAAGAAUUACAGGGAGUCUCCGAACGAUGGCGUCCUCACAGGGCUCCUACUCCCACCUAUGAUUGCGCUAGCACUAUUAUACUCAGCCUUGCGGCAGGUUCACUCCCCUUCCUCUGAUCCCAAUCUUUCUCCACCUCAUUGGUUGAUAGAAGCCCCCAGUGUACUCCAUAACCCUCGAUCACCUGAUUCCGCUAUCGAUGCCCUCGUACAAUCUCGUCGUGGCCUAGUGGACUAUUCCACAAUGUGUUCGUUCAUAUUACUGGCCCAAGUAUGUUCGUCGUGGAUCAUUGAGACACGCUAUCGCGGACGUCCUAGCGUCCCUGAGGGAGAGCGGGGCUCUGUUCCUCGUAGUGAAAUGCGUAGAACAUGGCUUUACGUGCUCUUCACUUUCGUCAUGACCAUGUUGGCCAUGACUGUUCGAUACCUUUUUGCGCUGGUGGAGAUUCCUAUAUGGCGAAAUAUUAGCUAUCUCGAUAUUGGCAUCGGCUCGUUGUUCUACCAACUUUGCUUAUAUAGUGCCCUUCGCCUAGCGCAUGGUGGGUUCACGCUGGGUGAAUUGGCUCUUGUCUGCUUUGGCGGGCUGUCCUUGGCUACGGAACUGCUGGGAUUGACUAGAGCGAGGAUAUGGCCGAAAACAGCACCAUUCAUCGAGACCUACCGCCUGCCAACACCCCUGUUGAUUUUCCAGAUUGCGCUAAUCGCAGGUUCUUUCAUUACUGGCUUCCUACUUUCUCCUCUUCUCGCCCUAUCACGGCAUAUCGCGCAACGACCGGUGAGGCGUCUUCGACUUCCACAGGAGAAGCAACAGCAUCGACGAGCUCUUGCCGCGGGUUUUUACAUUGGAACGAUAAUCAUUGUCGUUGGUCUUAUUGGUUCGUGGACGUGGUGGAACCUCGGACGUAGAAAUCCGUGGUUUUGGGCCAUCCUUUGGCUUCUUGAGGGGCGUAAGAAGUGGAGUCGGCCCAUGCUUCUUGCCUACUGGGGCCUUCUCGGAAGCAUCAGCGUUGCCGGAUGGAACCGACAGCUAUCGAGGUCAAGGCGGUACAGACAUAGAAACACGAGUGGGGGUACGCAAGAUAAUGUGAUCGUUCCAUUUGCUGUGAACUCGAAUCAGAAACCACAAACGGAGAUAUCUUCACCCACUCCCACCACUACACUUGGGAUUACAUUCCCCAACUUGGCUAAUCUCUCUAAUCUGUCCAAUGGUUCGCAAGUCGCCACAGAAUUAUUGGAUGCCGCGGAUAAGCACGUUCCUACACUUGGUAUCAACGCGAGGCGCAAGUUCUUCCACGCGUUGGCAGUUGUUAUGUUUCUACCUGGUGUGGCUGUUGACCCCGCAUUCACUCACUUGUCCUUCAGUGCAGCAUUUGCGCUCUUUAUCUUUGCAGAGUACGUUAGAUACUUCGCCAUUUAUCCUUUUGGUGCGGCUGUGCACCUGUUCAUGAACGAGUUCCUUGAGCAAAAGGACAGUGGAACUGCCAUCCUCAGUCACUUUUAUCUGCUCAUUGGUUGCGCGGGCCCAUUGUGGCUUGAAGACCCAUCGCAGUUGCUGCAAUAUACCGGUAUCCUCGCUUUGGGUAUUGGCGAUGCUCUGGCAUCUAUUAUUGGGAAACGUGUUGGUCGGCACCGUUGGUCUUCAUCGUCCUCUAAAACCCUAGAAGGUAGUGCUGCAUUUGUGAUGUCCCUCGUGGGUUGCGCGUGGCUUUUGAGACUUUGCGGACUUACGGAAGAAUUUUCGACAUUGCGCUAUUCUAUCGUGGUCUCUCUCUCAUGUGCACUCGAGGCCCUGUCAGACCAGAAUGACAACUUGACUCUUCCGUUGUAUAUGUGGAGUUUACUCGCGACCGACUUCACAAAGAUUCCUCUCUACUCUACCAUCACCACCGACGGCACUGGAUAUUCUGUCCUCAACCUCCCUACUGAUGCAGCUCUAGAUUCGCUUCCAUCAUCUCUAUCUCUCGCAAAGCCUUUUUCUUUGCCACCAACGUUUCAAAUGCCCAUUCCACGUUUGCCCAAGGUGAGGCAGCGAAGUCCUCGACUGCCGCGACCAGCAACUGCCUCUAUGGCAGAGGGCACUCAAUCAUACCUACCCCCUGCGCCCCAGUUUUCUUCAAAGGAUGUAGAUGAUACUCGAGACACCGAUGCUUUAUCCAUGAAGUCAUUCGAAGUACGCCCUGCAGACUUGGCUCCAUCUGGUAGUCCUUAUGAAGCCACGGCAAGUACUCCUUGUGCUACCCGACCCGACAUCGAUGCAGCCGAGCACGAUUGGGCUACCUUCAUGACUGCGUACGCAUUGGGUCAGUGGCACCCUCAUCAAACACCUCGACAUCCGCGUUCAAUGAUGUCUACUCUUAUCAUGCGAGAGAGUUCUCCGCGAGACAAUUUUGCGUUGAGACAUGAUCCUGCACCGAUCAUCAUCGAAUCACGGCAGCCUUCGCCUCCUGUAUCGCCUACUUACCACACUUUUAUUUCUUCCUCGGUUUCCAAUUGCAGUAGCAAUGAGACAGAGUUCAAGCCCGCUGCAGAGAAAGCGGUGAUGGUCUCUGAUUUUCCCUCAUUCAUCUAUCCUGACCAACUAUUGUCAAAGAUUACACCAAAGUCAUCGUCGCUUAGUGGCCGCAGGUUCCGCAAAUCAUUCACAGAUCUGCGACACGCAACAGGAGGGCAGCCAAUGCAUCUCCCUUUAGAUGGGACACAAAGUUUUAGCAUUAGUCCGGAGGCAACUGCUGCGGCUGCAACCAUGCGAUGGGCAGCAGCACGCGUUAAUUUGUCUCCUCUUGCGUUGCCCUCUCCUGAGCAUGAGCUAACAGAUCCAAUGCGAGGUGUACAUGCAGCGAUACCAGGAUCACAUCCGGCUACCAGUAGUCCCCCUGCCCAUCCGACAACGCCCGGCAUGUCUCGCAUCCGCGCAGGCAGCUUCUGGGAGGGCACACAAGAUGUGGAAGAUGAAUCAACGGUGCCUACCCUACCCGGAUCAUUACCCAGAACACCCCUGCGCAACAUAGCUGAGGGAGAGUUAUAUGUGUCUCUUCCCCCGCCAGCAUCUGUUCCGUUGCAGCGUAAUUAUUCACCUGAGCCGACAGAGGAAGGCGAUUACUUCACCGCAGUCAGUACAUCCGCUUCAGAGCCAUUUCCCAUGACCCCCGACCCCGCUCAACUUUGGCAGGAGUACGUAACCCACAGACGUGAGUCUGGGCCUAUGGAACUCAACGUUUGUACGGCACCACCCCUUCCACGAAGGAUUUGUUUAACAAGGCAAACAUCUUCGCCCCUACCCGACAGUAACGGCAGAGAUCGUGGCUUACCAGGCGGAAGAUCAGUAUGCGACUCCGUCAAUAGCUUUCGUGCUGGUCGGUCUGCGAAGGAGGAGCGGAUGUUCCUAGAUCUUGGCUAUUUAGCGCCACCGAACCCUCCGGACGAGCUCGAGCGAAGGCGCGCUCUAUACAAGUUUAACCUCUGGAACACCGGCCCCGACAUCAACUUUGAUCGCAUUGCACAUCUGGUCAAACUUGUGUUCAACACGAAAUGCGUUUACAUAUCCCUCAUUGAUGGCACAGAGCAAUGGUUCAAAUCACAGUGUAUGAACUUCAGUCUUACUGUCUGCAGGGGUGAUGAACCAACUGUUAUCCUGGACACGAAGUUAGAUUGGCGGUUUGCUAAGAAUCCUCUGGUUACCGGAUUUCCAAACGUUCGCUUUUAUGCUGCGGCUCCUUUGAGAACCUCCGAUGGAUUCAACAUUGGCAGUCUUUCUUUGAUCGACGAUUCACCCCGGCAGGAUUUCGCCCCGCGUCAACGACACACUCUGAAGGAAUUUGCGGCUGUUGUGAUGCGUGAGAUGGAAUUGUGGCGUGAUAAAAUGGAGCAAUUUAGUCGAGAGUGCCUUGAGAUCGACCAGAAUGAUGCAAAUAUGGAUGACGACCCUUACGCUAACGCAUCCAUGGACAGAGUGUAUGAUCGUGCAGCCAGACUUGUGAAGCGCACUCUAGAUGUCGAGGAGGUGGUGGUAAUGGAUGUUUCACACUGCGAAGUACUGGAGACUCUCAGUGCCGAAGCAACGAUAUCUGUUGUCAUGCAUCGCGGGGAUCCACAACCCCGAUCAACAUCUCGCACACUGACGGCUGAUGAAUACCACAAGCUAAACGUGUUCUUUGAUCAAUACCCUGACGGCAAAAUAUCUGAAGGCAUUUUACCAGUCUGCUUCCGUCCCUUCAUCCCAACGCACAUACAGUAUGCACUCACUGUUCCUGUUUUCAAUAUCGACAAAAGGCCGUUUGCCUUGAUUUGUGCUUACAAUGCCACUGAUUCAUCGCGGCGAUUUCUCGAGGGACAUGAACUCUCUUAUCUUCGUGCUAUAGGUGUCAUCAUUCUCUCUGCUGUCCUCAAGAGGAGGAUGAUGCUAGCCGACCAAGCAAAGAGUUUAUUUAUAUCCAACAUAUCUCACGAGCUCCGUACUCCUUUGCAUGGGAUUCUCGCUGCGGCUGAAUUACUUUCCGAUACAUCGUUAAGCCAUAGCCAGACUUCAUUCCUGCACACCGUCCAGGCGUGCGGGACAUCACUCGUUGAAACGGUGAACCACGUUCUCGACUUUACGAAACUUAGCGGCAAUAUGAAAUCAGGUGGCGUGGACAAUGUCAUUACGAGAAGCAUUGUGGAUCUCGAGCAACUUGUUGAAGAGGCAAUUGACGGAUCGUGGAUUGGAUAUUGUGCUCGUACAUCUUCCAUCCGCGAGUCGGAAAUCGGGAGUGUUUAUGCUCCAGCAAUGGAACAGCGAUCCUCGAGUGUCAUGGCUGCUCCAGCCUCUUCGAAGCAUGUGGAGAUUAUUGUCGAUAUCGACCGACGAGAAGGCGGAUGGAUUCUGAAGUGCGAUAAAGGUGGUAUUCGAAGGGUGUUGAUGAAUCUUUUUGGAAACAGCCUGAAGUUCACGACCGUAAGUAUGACUCAAUGCUUCUUGCGAGAUGGUUACGUUCACGUAUCUUUACGCCAAGUAUCUGCGCCAAAUGAAGAGCCUAGCAUGGUGGAGUUAUGUGUCAGUGAUACGGGAAAGGGAAUCAGCCAAAAUUUUCUGAAGAAUCACUUGUUCCAUCCCUUUUCUCAAGAGAACCCUCUACAAGCUGGGACAGGUUUAGGCCUUGCGAUUGUCAACAGCAUCGUCCAGUCUCCGAGCGUGGGCGGAAAAGUGGAAGUAUCCAGCGAAGAAAACGUUGGUACUGAUAUCAAGAUCACCUUCCAAGCAGAAUCUUUGGAAGAUGGCGCAAGUGCUCUUCAAACUCCUUUCAUGUUUGAUAGUGCUAUCCCCACCGUCACCUUCCUCGGGUUCAAGCAGAAGAGCAAAGGUGUUCAGAUGCUCAGUGAUGUACUUCGCAAGUACCUUCAGGACUGGUGGGGAUUCAGAGUGCAGACUGACGGAGGUGAGUUGAGCGACAUCGUGAUUAUAAACGAAGACUCGUCACCUGUUGUUACCGCUCUUGAGAAAAUGGACUACCGUCGGUCGUUCAUCAUCUUGUCUUCAAGUAGAGGUAGUCCGAGGGCCAUGGGGAUUUGCAGUUCUUACGAGAGCCUUGGUGGUUUCUGUCGCAUUGUUCACAAACCAGGAGGGCCUUUCCGAUUGCGCGCUGCGCUGAAACAGCUACUUCGAGCCAGGCAAAGACGUCAACAACGUCUACCAAGCUUUGCCAGCUCAGUGACCGGGAUCUCAGAUGAUAGCAUCUCUCUGCACUCCUGCAUACUUACAGACGACUUAACGAAUCCAGACCGGCAUCGCCGAACGAGCAUUGAUUGGGGUUCACACAGUCGCUCAGCUCUCGCAUUUCCUAACUCCCCACCUGAAAUGCCUGCAUCGCCGGAUGUCGAGGAAGCGUCAUCUUCUCCGGAGAACACUGAGUCUGACAGCACAUCCUCGAGCAUGUCGAGUUCAACAGUAACCAUCGGUACGGAUGGAAUACUCUUGGAGUCGUCAAUCCGGACACUGGAUUUGAAUCGCCCUCGUCCGAAAAUUUUGGUGGUUGAAGACAACAACAUUUUGCGAAGCUUACUUAUUAAGUGGUUGAUGAAGAAGGGAUUUGAAUAUCGCGAGGCAGUCGAUGGUCGACAAGGAGUCGAAACAUUUGAAUCUGAAGGACCCUUUGACGUCGUUCUUCUUGAUCUGUCCAUGCCUAUCCUCGAUGGGCUAGGUGCCACCGUCGAGAUUCGCCAGCUUGAAAAAGCUCGAGAAAGUCGGCAGCCGAGCGUCAUCCUAGCUUUAACUGGGAUGUCAUCCCUCGAAGACAAACGCAGGGCGUUCGAGGCUGGCAUGAGCGGAUACCUUGUCAAGCCCGUAGCAUUCAAAACGCUCGAAGAGAUGUUCCGCAAGAUAGGGCUCUCGUGA